GCCACGCGGUGUAAAGGUCGCAGUGCCACCGAGCAAGGCGCCCGGGCUGCCUAAGAGCAAAAAAAAGAGAGUAUACCGAUAAAAAAGGGAAUUACACGAGGAUAUAAGAAAAUAUGAAUUUAUAAGGAAUAAUAACAAUAAAAAGGUAAACAGAAAUAUAAUCGACAUUCGUUUAGCGACAAGCAAUCAAAACGACAAUAACAAUAAAAAAAGAUAAAGAAGUAAGCAGGAAGAAGGAAUUUAAAUAAAAAGGGGAAAAAAAUAAUCAUAAGAAGAAGAGGUACCGACAGAAAAAGAAUAAUAAUAGUACGAAGGAAAAGAAAGACAAACAAUAAUAAAACGAAGGAAGAAGAAGAAAAUAAUAAGACGAAGGGAGAAGAGAACACGCAUACGUGGAGCAAGAAGGAGCGAGGGCGGAUGGCGUGGGCGGGGCGGGGCGCCGAGGGCAGCGGCGGCCGCGGAGGAGGGCUCGGGAGAGGAAUGGGAGGAAGGUCAGGAGGCGGCUCCUCCUCGAGGAGCAGCCGCUACAGCCGCCACGCCCUCGUCUCCUACUCGACGGAGAGCUCGGAGCCCUCGACGCCCACUCAGAAGGUCGUUAACUUCAUGAACGUCUCGAGCGACAGUUCGGACCAGUCGCCUCCGCCCGCCCACAAGGUCGUCAGCUUCAUGCAGGGCCUGACGGAGAGGCGCCCUUCCUCCUCCUACGGCCGGAGGGAGUCCCUGGCGCAGGCCCUCGAGAACUCCAUCAUGAGGCACCGGGGCCAGUACGGCAGGAGGGCCUCCGUCAGGUCCGAGUCCUCCUUCUUCGCCACCUGCAGCAGGUGCUUCCCGUGCACCAUCGCGUCGGGCUACAGUGGCAUCCCCUUACUGGUGCGGCAUCGCGGCGGCAGCAACAAUGGCGGCGGGCAGGGGCUGGCAGCCGCCCGAGGUCGGCGAGGCAGCACGGUGGGCGGCCCUCGGAGACAGCUCUCGCGGAGGGUGUCCAGGAGGGACUCCAGGAGAGGCUCCAAAGGGCGCCGCAGGAGCUCCGUCCACCCGCCGGUGCAUAUGCCCAUCAAAGAUGCAACAGAGAGCGAAGAAGAAAAGGAAGAAAAGGGAAAGAAUCCUAUUCGAAGAUUUUCCAAGAUGAUAUCCAACGUCGGACCUGCGUUAGUAAGAAGAGUUUCCAAACUAAGGAGGAAAAGCAUGGCACUGGUUGAAGGAGAUCAAGAAUUCGAGGACUUCGAACUUGCUCCUUUGCGGUACAGACCGGAGGGCCUCGAUCAGCUGUGCGAGGCCACGAGGUUCACCAAAGAAGAAUUGCAGUUUAUGUACCGGGGCUUCAAGCAGGAGUGCCCGACGGGGGUCAUAUCCGAGGAAACGUUUAAGGAAAUCUACGGCAAAUUCUUUCCUUUGGGAGGUCAGCCAGAUGAUGGGUCAGGAAGAAACUCCGCCAUGUACGCUCACUAUGUAUUUGGCACGAUGGACCAGGACGGGUCAGGCACCAUCACCUUCGGAGACUUUAUCAUGGGCCUCUCCGUGCUGCUGAAGGGGACGCUGCAGGAAAGAGUCAACUGGAUCUUCAACCUGUAUGACAUCAACAACGAUGGCUACAUCACACGGGAGGAGCUGAUUGACAUCGUGACAUCCAUCUAUGACCUCAUGGGCGACCAGGCCAAUCCCUGCGUGGAUGACAGCACAGCCGUCGAUCACGUCGAUAAGGUCUUCCAGAAACUCGACUUGAAUAAAGAUGGUGUUGUAACUAUGGACGAGUUUAUGGAAUAUUGUUCAAAGAACGAGAAUGUAAUUCAAUCCCUUAACAUAUUUGACGAGAUCCAUUAGCAGAAGGGACAAGACCUCAUUUUGGGCCACGUUGUUUGUCUGUUUUUAUCUUUUAUUUCUUAAUCUACUCGACAUCCUUCUCAUCGAAGUAAGGAUAUCGAAGAGUUCGGCGAUUCACGAUGAUGAACAAAACUCGUCGACUAUCUCUCCUCUGUCGAUGAUCGAUUGCGUCGGUCGAGCCUCGUCGACGCCGUUAAAGGGUCGAGGGCUCUUUUUUGGAAGCCGAAUCGACGAUCAUGUGACACGUGGAUGGCCCUUCGAGGCGAGGAGAAUGAUGCUGGGACGGAGAUGGAGUAGAACGGAGGCUGGGGAUGGGUGUUCUCAAGAGGGGAAUUUAGAGAAGGCGGGAAAUUCAAAUGUUGGUUCUUUGCUCACUCGUCUACGUCCCCGACUUUCCUCCUCCACCUCCCCGCCCAAUGCCCACCGUAGCUGCCAAGGCUGCGAUAUUCUGGAGAAUACGUUUUCCUUGAUCUUCUUCACUUCCUCUUUCUCUCUUUG